AUGGCCUCUUACACAUCCAGAGCUAAUAGGACGAAGAUAAGAUAUGCUAAUACAUACAGACUGGAGCCACAUAAUAGAUUUCUGGAUUAUUUAGUAAGAAACAAAGCUCAAGUGAUACUAACGAAUAAACUUCAAGAAGCCAAAUACGAUGGAGUUUCUAGUCCCUCUUUGUGUGCUUCAAUCUCAGAAGAAAUACUAAAGGCUGUGAAGGAAUUGGACUUUGACCGUUAUAAGUACGUGGUAUGGGUACUAAUUGUGGAAAAGGCACAUCAGGCAAUGAAGGUUGCCAGCAGAUGGGUCUGGGAUGUUCAAAGAGACACCUGGGUUUCAGCUAAAUGUGAAACUGAAACAUUUAUUGCAUUGGCUUUGGUAAUGGCUUGUUAUUAUGAGUAA